AUGUGCGCGGCUCUUGCGGGUUUCACCUUGGCAAAGCGUUUGCCGAGCAAUGUGCAGAAGUUCGUCCAUCCGCUCUUCAUUUGUGCUGCUGGCACCUUCCUUGCGGCCGCGUUGUGGAUCUUAUUGGAACACCCAGGUCUGCACACCAUGGACGUGAUCCGAAUCUACAGCGAUUGGCCUGGCGGUGGUGCGUUGCUCUACUUUCUGCUGCCCAUCGCCGUGGUGUCCUUGGGUCUCCUUCUCUUUGAGAACCGACUGCUGAUCAAGAAGGAUUUAGGGCCGAUCCUUGCGACCGCGGCGUGUUCUACCACCGUCACCAUAG